AAGCUCAAUUUGUCUCUAUGGAUCAGUUUUUUUAAAGAAAACUUUUGCACAAUCUAAAACGUUUCUACAUGUUGGUGCCUCGCUUUGCAGCAUGUUUUUGGUGUUUUGCAAACUUUGACAGCCCUGCAGUAAAUGCUGGUGCAACACUCAGCAGCAGCGGCAGCAGCAGGAGGAGGAAACCAACCCAGAUGAGAAUUUCCAGCGGCCGAGCGGGGUUUCCAGUCUGGGCGGAGCGACGCGGCGCAGGAAGUUCCUCUGCAGCCAGAUGGAGUUUCUCUGUUAUUCCGCCGGACAAACGCGCUCCCUGCCGCGGCUAUAAAGACAGAGCGCUGCCCCGAGCUCAGCACACAGCCGGGGAGAGGAUGGCCGUCCUGCUGGAUCUGACCCGCUGCUGCCGCUGCAGCCCCGGAGCCUCCCUGCUGCAGGAAGCGGACUCGCACGUCUUUCUGCUGUGCGGCGCGGAACGUGACCGGCGUGAGAACGGCCUCUGGGACCCGUCCCCGGGAUCCCACAGGAGCGUCCACGUCCUGGACUCCGGGUCCACCGCGGAGCGUCUGUACCGACUCAAGCGGACCCUGGACGAGCUGGACCUGAGUGCUGUCCGGGUGCUGACCACGGCGCGGGGCAGAGAGGUGCUGGCUCGGUACCAGGAGACGCUCUUUACCGCUGUUUAUACCUUUAAUUACGACGUGACGCAGACGGACAAGGUGACCUGUUCGGACUGCUGUGGCUCCGCCCACACGGACUCACCUGAGGGUGACGCGGAGGAAGAAGUGUCGGCCUUUCUGCAGCAGCUGCCCGCUUUGAAGGGAGACAUCAGAACCCUGCGGUCCACUUUGAUCCCAGACUGCUUCGGCCACGGCUUCAGCACCCGUUCAGGCGGCGUCUCCUACAUCCCCACUCUGUCCUCCUUGAAUCUGUUCAGCAGCAGCAGGAGGAGGGACCCGCGGGCCGUGGUGGAAGAAAACAGGCGGCGCCUGGCCGUUCACGCCGGCUUCCAUCCCAUUCCCCUGCGUCUGGUCAAGGUGAACCAUGCCAGCGACGUGUGGGUUUUGGGGAAACCCGAGCCGGAGAGCUACGACUCCAUGGUGACCGAUCAGACAGGGGUGGUUCUGGCGGGUCAGGGGGCCGACUGCUUGCCCAUCCUGUUCGCCGAUCCCGUGAAGAAGGUCAUUGGGGCCGCGCAUGCAGGUUGGAGAGGGACCUUGAUGGGCGUGGCCACGGCAACCGUGGACGCCAUGGUGACGAAUUUUGGUUGUCGGUACGGCGACAUCGUGGUGGCGGUGGGGCCGUCCGUGGGGGUGUGCUGCUUCACGCUGGACAGAGAGCAGGCAGCAGACUUCAUUUCCAUCCAUCCAGACUGCGUGCCUGAUCCAGAGUCGGCCAAGCCACACGUGGACAUCCUCCUCGCCAACAGAGUUCUCCUCCAGCAGCGCGGCGUCCUUCCAGAACACAUCCACGACAACACGGAGACCACCCGGCCCCCCGUGACGCCCUGCACCUCCUGCAAUCCCGACGACUUCUUCUCCCACGUCAGAGACGGCAUCAACUUCGGCACCCAAGUGGGUUUCCUGUGGAUCAAGGAGAGCGGAGAACAGGCCGGCGCUCCGGAGAGCCAGACGGGCCAACAGGGCGGACCUUAAGACGUGGAGAUGAACCAAAACUCGACGGCCGAGAACUUCUUUUAGUCAAAUCCGACGGGUCGGGUUCCAGUUACCGGCAAAGAAAAUCUGAAGUGAUUCUUUGGGAAACUGUGAAGAACUACUAAUCUAGUAGACUACGUACUAAAGAACACCUUCAAAGGACGAAACAGCUGGAAUAAACUACCAGAGUUCUGAGCUGGGGUCACAGUUCAAACUGUAGAUAGAUCAGUAAAACAUGUCUGUAAAUUUCCAUAGUUACUUAUGAAAGCAAAACAACACAGAGCUUAUAGAUUUAAAUUGCCCAAGUCAGGAAAAAAAUACUCAAACCUGCAGCAGAUACUAGAACAGAGACAAAGUAUUAUUUUCCAAUCCUUUCUGCUCAGUGGUCGUUUUAUUACAGCAUAUAAGACCUUCAGGUUUUAUGCACCACAAAAUCUGGAAUAAACUUCCAGAAAACUGCAAAGAUGCAGAAACAUCGGCUCCCUUUGAUUCACUGGAACUGGAACAUUGAUCAAUAUAUUUGCGUGAUGAUUUUGAGAAUGCCAUUUGACAAAAUGUGUCGUUUAUUUCUCCUUCCUUGGAUGGUUUCUGUAUUAUGUUUAUGUGACGUAAAGCACUUUGAACUUUGAACACUUUGAAAUAUUCUGCGCAAAUAAACCUGACUUGAAGACUAAUUGGCUAUGGAGUUAUGAGCAAGUUUACUUACCAAUUUCAUAAGAUAUUAUUUAAAUAAGACAAAACUCGUUGUUCUGGGGGAGGGGGAAGCAUUUAUUUGGAGGUGAAAAGCCUCUAUUUGUAAUAAAGGCAGCCCUUUUUUAAAAAAGAAAAAAAGAAAAUAAAAGUAGUGUUUUCACUGUUCCACUGCUUUUCACCAAAGUGCUAAAAUAAAAACACAAACGCCACGUUUCCAUGACAUUUUCUAACAACAAAAUGAUUUUUCUUUUCCAACUCAGUCCAACAUCAAUAAAUACAGACGCACAAAUUCAAAUACACGACGAAAAACGGGCCGAGGUCAGAUCAUCUGAACAGUGCCAACAGUGACGAGACCAACAUCAACGCUGUUCGACUCUGAACAUGUUGCUUGUGAAGGCAAAGUUUCCUUCUGGUGGACAUGUUGCUGCCAGAACGUCGAUCAGAACGCAAAAACAGACGAGUUAUGAGAAAACGCGUCAAUAAAUAAAGAGCUGAACCCAAAUGCAUCCUUCAGUUACUCUGUCGCAGUUUAUCAGAAAAGUCCUCAUUAAGGCCAGCUCUUCUGGUGUAGCGCAAGCUUCAGAAAACAAAGUUCAUUCUUUAAGUACUUUAUGGAGAUGCAGGUUAAUACGAGUUAGCUGGAGAACGGGGAUGGAAUUUUCUUCAAAAACAAUAAAGACCUAGACAGGGUAAUUUGUCAAGUCCUUUUGAUUUUAUUAAUAGUUAUUUUUGCUCUGUUUGGUUAUUCAGUCCUUUAUUCUUCAUUUCUAUAAAUUAGAUAACUAAAGACAAAAGAGGGCUGUUUAGUUUGUUCCCCCAAAGUAACCAAUAGAUCAGGAGCCUUGUUGAUGUCAGCAUCUUACAGCACUUUCUGCUGAAGGAAAAGGCUAGUCCAAAGUUGCCAAGACAACAGACCCCUGUAGGAACCAAAACAUUCAUGAAAUCCUUAAUGGUUUGAUUUGAGAGACCAUCAACUUUCUGACUUGUUUGGGGG